AACUAGAAUUUUUAUUGAAACCUAUAUUUAGAUUAAAUAAUCAAGGAGCUGAAUACGAUAAUCCUGUAAUUGAGUCAACAAAACCAGCUGUCCAUGAAUUUAUUGAUUCUUCAAUCAAUGAAAUUACAAUUAAAUAUGGCAUUCCAGUGAGAUUAUCAACUGCAAAUAUUUCCAUAUUUCAACGAAAUGGUGACCCAUACAAACCAAAUCUAUUACGACAAACAAUAUCAGGAAAUUCCAAACUAUGUACUGUUGGAAGUGAUAAUCACACUGUGCAUAUUCCAAUUUUCAGCAGUACAUUCAAUCAGCCAAAUUCUUCUUAUUACGUGGUGAUUGAUAAUAAUUUUGUCAUUUCUCAAGAAAGAAAUGAACCUUUAUUAGGAAUUAUUCAGAAAACUUGGAUGAUUUCAACAAAACCAUUUAAGACCAGACAACAUUCAGUUUCAGUCACAGGGUUACUUCGAUUGAAUGAAGAAGGGAGUUCAAAAUUUCUUCAAACAAAUCAGUCGGAAUUUUUCAAUAAUAUAAUUCAAGCAUUUUCCAAAAUAAUCCCAGUAAAUGAGCAGAGGAUAACAACAAAUGGUAAAUGGAAAAAUGACCCCACUUUCCCCAAAAGAGUGUUGUUAUCAUUUACUAUAAAUGAAGCUAAAAGUGCCAUGGAAUUAAGUUCUAAAACAAUCUUUGAUAAUAUGGGCACUUUGAUUAAAAGGAAAGGGUUUACUGCACUUUCUAAUAAUGAAUAUACUUCAUUAAUUGACGAAAGUGCAGCCUUUACAAUAACCCGUAAGUAUUAUUUUGGAAAAUAUUUGCCACUAAUUAUAAUAUUUUUAGUAAGUAUGGUAAUAUUAUUAAUAUUAUAUUUUUUGGCACGCUGGAAGAACCCUGAAGGAAGAAACUUCGCCAUAUUUGAGACUGCAUUAAUAAUGCAGGAUUUGGCUGUGGAUUUAACAUUCACAUUAUUAAGGGUUAAUAAUACUCCACAUCUAGUAAUCCCAAAUAUGGUGUUUCUCAUUGUACCACAUAUAGUCAAUUUCUUGUUGACUAUAAAUAUUUAUUUGUCUGAAGUAUCAACAAAUCCAAUGUUCUUUACUUGGAUUUCAGAGAUUCCAACACUAUUAUUAUCAAUUUGUGCAAUAUUUUCAGCCAUUGACAUACUAGCAAUAAAUACUUUGACAUCAAAUUUAUUUGGUCUCAAAGUAUUUUCAGCCCCAUUAUCACAAAGAUCAAGAAAGAUUAUACUUUGGGGUAGUUUCAUAAAUAUUUUUGCUGAAGAUAUACCACAAUUGAUUAUUCAGAUAUUAUACUAUAAUAGUGUUGAGACAUACGAUCUUUUUCCAUUAUUUGUACUUAUAUCUGGUGGAUUAGUUAUAGUUCAUAAACUAAUUUUAAGAUCGUAUCACGUGAUAGUGAGAUGGUAUCAUAAGCGUGAUAAAAUUAGAGAAUUUAUUAGAAAUAGACGUUUAUCAGCCGGUUCUAUAAGAUCAAUAAGGACAAAUGUUUAGCAUUCUACUACAGAUUUUUAUUUGUAAAUUAUGAUAUUAUUUUUACCAUCAAUUUAAUAAAAAUAUAAUAC